CAGCGACUCACCACGCCCAGAGGUCUCCCCAAACAGCCCAUUGCGCGCUCGUUUGACCAAACGUCACAUUCACUCACGAAUGACGACUUAUACACAUCACAAGACCAACCCACCAACACACAACGCAGCCAUCAUCAAGAAAUCCGUAGACAACAACAACCACCCAAUAGCACAACAUCACUACAAUCGCGCCCAACUUCUCCAUCGCGGGACAGGCCAAACAGUCACAGCGCUCACCGGUUGCACCCGAUUUGCUUGCCAAAACACUCUCAGAACGAAGACAGCAGCCAGCUGCAGGAUCCACGGCCACGAUGCUUCUCGACGAAGACCCGGCUACUUUGAUACACCACACCAUCAACAACUUCAACACAGCACCAGACAAGCUCGCCAUCUCACGCAUCCAUGACUCCCUAUCGACCUUAAGGCAAGCCCGCGAGCUGCGCGCUCGCGAGGCAGAGGCGUCACUAAAGAAACUCUCCCGGACGCUCAACACUUUACAAACACAACACGAGGAACUCGCGGCCGCGCACUCUUCCUCGCAACACGCAAGCGAGAUCUCGCGGCUCGACACGCAGAAGUUCCGCACCGCGAAAGCCGCAUCAGAUCUCGAGAUGGAAGCCGAGCGCCUGUCCUCACAACAAGCCGAUCUCAUUGCGCGCCUGCAGGAGCUCGAGAUGCAGGGUGUCGAGGGCGCAGUCGGGAGCCGCGAAUCAGGCGGCGGCAGCGGCGGCGGCGGUUCGGACCCGCUCGACGACGAGGUCUUGCUCAGGCUCAAGGUGUAUCGCAGCCUGGGCAUCGAUCUCGAGCGUGACGAGACCAAUGGAGAGUUCUGCAAGGCCAUUGUGCGCAACGACCGCAAGGGCGAUGUGCAUGUUGUCAAUCUCGACAAGAAGUUUUCGCGGUUCUUUUAUGCCAAUUACUUCUGGAACACUCUGUAGUCGCGUGUCAAAGGGGGUCCUCGAUCUGGCAGGGAGUAGUUGGGUUGACAAUGAUCUGACCAGGAGAGUCACUGGUGCCGGGUUCACACUUGCUGCCUGUUUAAGGGCAUGGGCGUCGCACUUGAGUUGGCGUAAGGUCUGACUUGGCGAUUGGACGGGCGUUGCCGGCGUUCUAGGAUGGGAUUGCAGAAAAGAUACCUCGUGAAUUUUGUUUGUCAA